AUGGUACUCAAUAUCUUUUCAAAGAAACAUCUGUUUUUGUUACCGGGAGAUGGACAAACUUUGAGGCAAGAUGAGCUACAGCUAGAAGAACUAGAACAAAAGCAAUGGCAGGAGCUACAGCUACAAGAACAAGAACAAGAACAAGAGCCAGUGCAAGUGCAUAACAUCUACAAACCAAAAUCGUCCCCCGAUUUGACUAAGGGAGUAGCAUAUAUCUCACCAAGAAUUGUUUUGCCAGGAUCGUUCGAGGCCAGUACAUCAACUGGCUCGUCCCCAAAAAGACACGCUUCACCAGUCGACGAGAUAAAUAUAAAGCAAUUGUUAAUCAGUAGUGAUCACUACAACAGCUCAGCAUAUAGCGAGCAAAGAGAAAGAAGGAUACAAAGUAGUAAAAGAAGAAACAGAAAAGCAGCAGUGGCUGUUGCACCAAAAAGAGGAAUAAAGUAUAAAACAAACAAUAGUACAAUACUAUCUAAAGAUUCUACAAUUUUACACUCAAGAAGUACAAAUCUAAACGAAACACCAUUAAAUAAUAGAAGAAGUGGGAAAGCUGUAACUGAUAAAAAGAAUAAACGUUCAUCUAAUCGAACUAGAAUUGUAAAUAAAUCAACCAUCCAAAACCCUAAUGAUACAGUUGAGACUAGCCAACCACAAAAUCAACAAUUGCCUUAUCCUAUAAAUGACGAUAUUAUUAGUGUUUUGGCUAGAACAGUAAAUGAUGAAGAUGAGGAUAGAAUUACACAAAAGGCUCCUAAGAACAUUCAAGCGGUAAAACAUUUCUGUGCCAACGGACCGCAAGAACAAUCUAGUGGGAGAGUUACUUUAUCUCCUACAUCCUUGCAACAUUCGCAUCCUUCCCCCAUGGUUUUAUCCAAUUCAUUUUGUUUUGAAAACCACGAGACCGUUGGUUUAAGAACUUUGUCUUCACAACAACUCACCAUUAAUAAUAAUAAUAAUAACAACAACAACAACAACAAUAAUAAUAAUAAUAAUAGUGCUUGUCAAGACAACCAGCCGUUUGGUAGAGCAGAAGCAGUGGCAUGUAUUUUGGAAAGAACUGGUAGCACUGCGCAGAGUAGUACAAGGAACAAGAGACGCCAGUCUCCUCAAAUUCGCAAUCUGUCAACAGAUGGAGGUGCUAAUAGUAGCACUAAUAGUAGUAGUAGUGGUAGUAGUAGUAGGAGGAGGCAAGAAAUGAGGGAUCAAGAAAGAAGAAGGUCAGACUUGAGAAUACCAUUACCACAAACCACUAAUAUGGAAAUAACAGAGACUCAUACCAUUACUUCUCAUCAGUCACCUUCUUCUUCUUCUUCAUCUUCCCCACCACAACCUCCUCGCACGUCCGUUUCUAGUCAAACACGAGAUGCAAUUAUUGCACGAUUAAACCAACCGAUUCAGUUAUCACAAUUUUCUGUUGGAACAAUACAUCAUGAAGAACCUCCUCCUCCAUUGGAUGAAUAUGCACAAUCAUUUCAUCUCAACAUCGACAUGGAAAAUUCUCCACCAUAUAAAGAAAAACUUCAUAAAAAUUUUGAUUUAAUUUCGUUUGAUCCUAGAUAUAGCAUCCCCAUAUUACGUGUCAACAACAAACUAGUAAAAACACCACGAAAUCUUCGCCAGACGAUUCGUAAACUAGUGAAAUUGAAAUGCAUACCUCGAGGCAUUGAUGUUUGGAAAAUAAACAAAAUUGACGAAGUGGACUUUCAUAAUAUCUUGCCUAGUUUACUUUUAGAUGUUGAGCAAUUUGGUCGAGCUGGAAUUAAUGAAGCGAUUGCUACUUCUGUCGCCACUUCGCGGGCGUUGGUUGAGGCCAGAAGAGAAGAAAGAAGAAUACAGUAUGAAUUGGAGAUUCAGCAAGCAUUGGCUAUCUCCAUGGAGGAACAAAGUCAACAACAAUUGUUUAGGGGGUUUAGAUAUAAUAGAGCAACAACAGAGGAGCUUGAAGAAGGACCAGGAGAGGUUGAAGAAAACGAAAGGGACGAAUUUAUUAAUGUUGAUGAUGCCAUACAGUUAUGGCGGGAGCAGCAGCGACAACAACAACAACAACAAAACCGAGAAUCAUCACAUGGUCACCGCUACCAGCUGCAAUUUGUGCCUUCAUAUAUCUCUGAAUAUUUCGACUGUUUUUUACAUGGACAUGCGGGAUCUUCUGCUUCUUCGUACAUGACUGCAUAUUGA